CGGAAUUUCCGCUUUUUGAAAGUUUAUCAAACGAUUGACAUUUCAUUCCUCUACAGCUGACUUAUUAUCCACAUCGUAUUGACCCUAUUUCCCAAAGUUCAUGUUUUGGAGAUUUUCCUUCUUGUUGGCGCAGACUCCAAAGGCAGCAUACCGAGGAUUGUCUUUUAGGUUUUUGAGCAGUUCUAAGUGGUUUCGGAGUAAAACUUUUUCUUUGAAAUCUUCCUCAGGUCUAUUUUUGAACAGUACCAGCAUUGGUUGUCUUUCCUCGAAGUCUGACCAUUUCAAUCUAUUAACGAGGCAGACUAUGUCAAGUGCUGUCCACUCUGGAAGGUUAGUAAAACUGGCAAAAUUCAGUUUGUUUGUCAAUAUUGUCGUUACUCUAUUUUUGCUUUUUCGUAUUGGUUCUAAUGAAUACGUCGUUGUCUAUUGCACGGUUCCUGACGUUGAAACAGCACGAACCAUAUCCAAUUGGUUGGUUGAGAAGAGUUUAGCUGCCUGCGUUAAUACUGUUUCCGGUGUUGAAAGUGCUUAUUGGUGGGAAGGGAAGGUAGAAAGAGAUCAAGAACUAUUGCUCAUCAUCAAAACAAGGAGUGAAUUAGUCUCAACUGUCGCUAACGAAAUAAGAACCAAACAUCCGUAUGAUUUGCCAGAAGUAAUCAGUUUGCCUAUUCAAGGAGGUUUACAAGAGUAUCUUCAGUGGAUUGGUUCCUCUACUGAGCAACCUAAAAAGGCAAAUAAAACUUGAAUCCUUCCAACUUGAGUUUAUUAUGCAGA